UAUCUUUAUAAAUAGAGCUACACGAAACGCUUUCUUCAUCACAUCUCCAUUCAAUCAAUUUCCGGAAGCAAUCAGGAUCAUCCACAAUCUCUUAAGAUGCAGAUCUUUGUGAAAACCCUUACCGGUAAGACCAUCACCCUUGAGGUUGAAAGUUCCGAUACCAUAGAUAAUGUGAAGACAAAGAUCCAGGACAAAGAAGGCAUCCCACCAGACCAGCAGCGUCUCAUAUUUGCUGGAAAGCAGCUUGAGGAUGGCCGAACUUUGGCAGACUAUAAUAUCCAGAAGGAGUCUACACUUCACCUUGUUCUUCGGCUUCGUGGGGGAAUGCAGAUUUUUGUCAAAACCCUCACAGGCAAGACCAUCACCCUUGAGGUUGAGAGUUCCGAUACCAUAGAUAAUGUGAAGACAAAGAUCCAGGACAAAGAGGGCAUUCCUCCGGACCAACAAAGACUCAUUUUUGCUGGCAAGCAGCUUGAAGAUGGCCGAACCCUUGCUGACUAUAACAUUCAGAAGGAGUCCACACUCCACCUAGUGUUGCGACUCCGUGGUGGAAUGCAGAUAUUUGUGAAGACCCUCACGGGAAAAACUAUUACCCUUGAGGUUGAGAGUUCUGACACUAUUGACAAUGUUAAGGCAAAGAUUCAGGACAAGGAAGGCAUUCCUCCGGACCAACAAAGGCUUAUUUUUGCUGGUAAGCAGCUUGAAGAUGGCCGUACCCUUGCUGACUAUAACAUACAGAAGGAGUCCACGCUUCACCUGGUGCUGCGACUCCGUGGUGGGAUGCAAAUCUUUGUAAAGACCCUCACUGGUAAAACUAUCACAUUGGAAGUCGAGAGUUCAGACACUAUUGACAAUGUUAAGACUAAAAUUCAAGACAAAGAGGGAAUCCCACCUGAUCAGCAAAGGUUGAUAUUUGCUGGGAAACAGUUGGAGGAUGGAAGGACUUUGGCGGAUUAUAAUAUUCAGAAAGAGUCUACUCUUCACCUUGUGCUGCGACUCCGUGGUGGAAUGCAAAUCUUUGUGAAGACUCUUACUGGGAAAACGAUUACAUUGGAAGUUGAGAGUUCAGACACCAUUGAUAAUGUGAAGUCCAAGAUUCAGGACAAAGAAGGAAUCCCGCCGGAUCAGCAGAGGUUGAUAUUUGCAGGAAAGCAACUGGAGGACGGAAGGACUCUGGCUGAUUACAAUAUUCAAAAGGAGUCUACCCUUCACCUUGUUUUGCGUCUCCGUGGUGGCUUUUAAAGUUAGGUGUUUCGCAAUGUUUAUGAAAUCGUUCUACGCACUUAAAUUUAGUAGUACUUGUCUUGCUAGGGUCUGUACUAGUACUUGCUCAGAUCAGAACCAUCUCAGUAUUUUGAGAAGAAUAGAAUAAAGUUUUCUUGAAGUUCCAUGUGUUGUUUUAGCUUCCGGACGAUUGCAGUGUAGUGUGGUACAUGAAAUGGUAAAGACCUGUGUGAAGUUUGUUGCUGCGUGAAAUGUAGGAGCUCGGGUAACAAAUUCUAAGAUAAAUUCCAUGAGAA